GGCGAGGUAUUUUUAAGGUUAGUUCGGAUAAGUGUUGUUGUGUUCAGUUGUGUAAUACGAAAAAUCGAAUUUAAAAAGAAGUUCCUUUCAAAGGACUUUACAUUCAUUUUAAGAGUAGAUAUUUAUCAUGUCAUUUCUGCCGAGAUCGUUUGUUGUCAGUAAAAAAUUCUCGAACGUUGCUCAUUUCUGCUCCACAACUACUGGGGGUCCACACACAGAAAUCAAUUCAAACUUUCAUCAUGCUUUCAUCCAAAAUCACAGACAGACAACCCUUUUUCAAAAAUUAUUGUUGUCAGUUGGCUCCGCAUCUGUCUCCUUACUGGACCCAAGUAGAGGCGACAUGAUUGCAGUUUUAGGUGAAACAACAGGACCUAUAGCUCUAGAGCGCAUGUUGCAAAAAAUGCAGAGCAGUUCAGAAGGCCAACAAAUUCUUAGGGAACAACCUCGCAUCAAUUCAUCCACUGUGGAUCUCCAGAGUCUCAAUACACUCCCCAAAGGCACAGUUGGAAGAGUGUACAUAGAUUUUUUGCAGAAAAAUAAAGUUACCCCUGACUCGAGACCUGCAGUUCAAUUUGUAGAUGACGAGCAGCUAGCAUAUGUCAUGCAGAGGUAUCGAGAGGUUCAUGAUCUCAUUCACGCCAUUCUCAGAAUGCCCACCAACAUGUUAGGUGAGGUGACUGUAAAAUGGGUUGAGGCACUUCAAUUUGGGCUGCCGAUGUGCGUUGGAGGUGGACUUUUUGGUGCAGUCAGAUUAAAACCAAAACAAAGGCUAGCAUAUGUCACACAAAAUUUGCCGUGGGCCAUCAAAACUGGGCUUACGAGUCAUUUCCUUCUCAACGUAUAUUUUGAGCAAAGAUGGGAGCAGAAAUUAGAUGAUUUGCUCAAAGAACUGAACAUUCAGCCACUGAAAAUCGAAACACCUUCAGCAGCCCCUAAAAAUUAAUGGAAGUAAGAAGAGCCUUUAUUUUUAUUAAUUGUAGCUCUAAAGUGUAGGUGCAAACAUUUUAAAUCUAAUUUCCACUUAGAUUCUUGGUGUUUCAUCUCACUUCCAAAGAAAAAAAGAACCUUUUACAUGAAUUAUCUCCCAUAUUCAUGAAACCGACGCACUACGGUUCGAUUUCCAGAAAUUCAAGGAAAAAGUCGGUGCUUCUUAACGUUUGAAGGCACAGACAGUGCCUUGCCUGCACAUCAGGCUGUUUGCCAAAGAAAAGUCUGCACUUGAAUUAUAGUGUAGUAAGGUUAAUUGAAUUGCAUUUUGCAAAAAGGAACCAGCGCAAUUACAGUGUCGUAGAAAUGUUGCUUCUUCAUAAUUUUCUAAAAAAUCCCCCAGAAUAACAAAUAGUUUCUUCUUUCCGCCAAAAAAUUCUCAAUUUUGAAGGAAAAUAAUCAUGUAAAUUUUAACACUGUAUAAUAUACUGAGUAUUUUUAAAACAUUGUAAUAGCGCUGGUUCCUUUUUGCUAAAUGCAAUUCAAUUGUUUCUAAGUUAGCAUAUUUUAGCUCUGUUAGGGGCAUGAGUGUGAUUUCCGAGCAAAUUUUACACAUGGCUCCCGGCAAAGUCACAAUAGUUUCUUAAGAAUACUUGCAGUCAAUCCUCAGUUCAAACAAUUU